AUGGGCGAAGCCAAUUAUACAGAGGAACUGUCACAUAAGGUGCGAGACCCCAUAUUGAACCCACCCCUGAUGAGUCCUGAAUGGAGCAAUGGAGGCCAUAGAUCUUCUAUCUAUUCUCCGCAAUAGGCAUGCUGGAAGGAAUAGAAAUACUGGCUGAUGUUCUUCUCUUCGAUCAUGUAUCCUUGUGACAUGAGCUGAUGUUCCGCUUCGACGUCGCAGGCAGGAGGAAUGGAUUUCGUUCCCAUGCACGACAACAUCAGAAUUUUGCACAGAGAGCCACGUCUCUCCGGUUCUGCGUCCGGAUCUGAUAAUGGUACUACGUUGGCAGGCAUCACGCCCCUUUCACCGGCACCCACAUAUGCAGAGACUGGAGCACCGAUCAAUCGGUCGAUGACUGCAGAGGCGAAGAAAGAGUCGAACGCAGGUAUGUGUCUUAUCCUGGGCCAUAAGGUAGCCGAUCGAGCUGCUUUUCCGACCAUACACCUUCGAGCUAUCUGCUAACUCUGUCCGUUGCUGUAGGACUUCGGUGGUCGAGAAUUCGCCGACUACUUAGAGAGCCAUUCUCGGAGUUCAUGGGCACUUUCAUACUCAUAAUGUUCGGAGAUGGCGUCGUUGCGCAAGUCCUUCUCAGUGGCGGCUUAAGUGGUUCAGCAGCAGCCAGAGGCAACUACCAAUCAAUCUCGUGGGGAUGGGGCAUCGGUGUGAUGCUUGGCGUGUACAGUUCGGGUAUUUCUGGAGCCCAUAUCAACCCGGCCGUCACUCUUGCUAAUUGCAUCUUCCGUGAGGUGGGUUCUUUGAUGAAAUCUCGCCCUGAACAAUGCUGAUGCAAAGGCAGUUCCCUUGGAGAAAAUUCCCAGUCUAUAUGCUUGCCCAGGUUCUGGGUGCCAUGUGCGCUGCUGCAGUCGUGUACGGCAAUUACAAGUCGGCGAUUGAUACCUUCGAGGGCGGAGCUGGAAUCCGCACAGUGCCUGGGUAUUCGGAGAACGCGACUGCUGGACUCUUCUGCACGUAUCCAGCUGAGUUCAUGUCCAACACUGGACAGUUCUUUUCGGAGUUCGUUGCCAGCACCUUAUUGAUGUUCCUCAUUUACGCCAUCAAAGAUGACCAUAAUAUUGGAGCGGGAAAGGUACGUUUAGACCGAGCCAUCAAGCGCCAGGACAGCACAGUCACCAGUCGGGAUAGAACUUAGGUGGCGGUCGAUGCUGCAAACGUACUGACGCCUGCACAGUUGACCCCUUUGGCCCUGUUCUUCAUCAUUUUCGGCAUCGGCGCUUGCUUUGGCUGGGAGACGUAAGUACGCCCAUGAUCGGAGCCAUGGCCAUCAUGAGAUAAGCCAAAGUUACUUGCUGACCACCGGGUGUAGUGGCUACGCGAUCAAUCUUGCGCGUGAUUUCGGUCCUCGCCUAGUCUCGUAUAUGGUCGGGUAUGGCCCAGACGUCUGGCGCGCCGGCAACUAUUAUUUCUGGGUUCCCAUGGUGGCUCCAUUCUGCGGCUGCACAUUUGGCGGCUUCCUAUACGAUGUCCUUCUCUUCACGGGCAAGAGCCCAAUCAACACGCCAUACUGGGGUCUUUAUCGCUUCAUUCCAGGCAUGACGAACAAAUACGAUGGCCUCAAGUUCGAGCCAGAGGAUGUGAAAGCAGAUGACGAGGAGAAGCUGCAGAGGCAAAUGUCGGAUUAA